AUUUGAAACUAAUGUUUGAUCCUGAUAUGUCUUAUAUGGCAUCUCAAUUAUUGGCAACUUGCUUAUGCAGAGAUCUAAAGCUCCUUAUGGUAUUAUAUGACAUCCAUUUCUUGAGAGCAGCUGGGAGGAGUUUAUGAGGGGCAGACCUAUCAUUAAAUAUUACUGAUCUCUAUAUAAAGAUCAGUGUCUUGUAGGAUUAAUAAGAGGGCAUCUGGAUCUACACAAAACAGAGACCUGCAGUAAAAUGAGAAGCUGAUGAGAUGGAUGAUCAAGAUAUUGCAGCGGCAGAGGAAAACAACGACAGCACAGGAGGAGAGUCUGAAAACACGUCUGAAACACCUCCCAUCAAUGAGAGAAUGGCUCCUGAUCUCACACUUGUACUAAUUGGUGAUCCAGCCUCCAUUGAGAUCGGACCAAAGAACAUUUUCCUUGACCAUGAAGUGCACACAAAUGUGGAACAGUUUUCCUCCAAUCUGUAUAAUCUGUGUGGUCGACACGUCUGUGUCAUUAACAUGCUCGGUCUACAAACAAAGGAAAUCCCUUUAAAUCAGGGAGUUCAUGCCUUUGUCUUACUAUUACCCAACACUCUGCAUAACAACCAGUACAGCUCAGGAGUGCAGUGGCUAGAGAAAGCUUUUGGGCGAGGAGCACUUUCUUAUUUAAUCACAGUGGUGACUCAUGAACCAGGUGAAACAUGUGAAAGUGCAUUAAAGGAGCUGAAAACUAACACAGAGUUUAAUGAAAAAAGGUUCCACACAUGUAACAGAAAUAUGAUGGAUGAAAAAGAGGUAGCAGAUUUGUUAGAAAAAAUAAACAUCAUGGUCUCUGAAAAUGAUCCACAAAGCUACACUGGACUGGUGUGUGCUGAAAACAGAGAACAGGAAGGACACCUGGAGGACAAAUCCCACAAAGAAGAAAGGAAAGACUCUGAGUUAAAGACAAAUAAAACAGAAGAAGAAGAUGAGGAGGAGGAUACAAAUGAAAUCAAGAAUGAAGAAGGCACUGAUGUCAAACAAUCAGAGAGUACUGAUGACAGCACAGCAUUAAGAGAAGAACCUGAAAUCAAGUCUCCAGUGCUGUCCCCAAACAAACAGAAAGGAACCUCUGAUGUGGACUUGAACGUAAAUAAGAAAAACAUCAGUGGAAACAAGGACAAGUCAAGGAAUGACUCUGAAGUUAACAAGAAGGAGUCAUGUGAAAAAGAAACUGAAAAACUGUUUGACAGACUUCACAUUCAAGAAAAUCUUCAAAGGAAGUUUCUACCAGAAGAUUUUCUUCAGAUACGUCCACCUGUGAAACAGCACCAUGUCACAUCUGAGACAGAUCUAACAUAUACUUUUCUUCACAGGCUGAUGAUGUUAGAUUACAGGGCCAGAUAUGUUCGUGUGAAAGCGGACGGUCCUGAGGGGACACAUCCAAAGUCUGUUCGAGUGAUUGAUAUCACUAAGAAAGAUUUCAUUAAUUUGGAUGCUUUAUUAAGCAUGAGUGCAGACACGCGUCAGUCAGAACAGACUCAUUUGCAUCCAAUGGAUGUUCAGAUGGCAGUAUUUCACUGCUCAGACAGCUUCCUUAAACAGAUGAUGAUUACAAAGCUCUCUCAGUGUCAGUAUGCCUUACCAUUGCUUGUUCCUGACCCAGUCACUAUGGAGAUCGAGUGUCCUCUGUGGACUUUCAGACAAAUAACAAAGACCUGGAAGGUAACUGAAAUCAAAGACAGCUCAAACAUUGUCACUAUGAAGAGUGUUCCAGUGUAUAAAGCUCAGACACCCUUGGUGUCAUUUUUACGCCUGGGCUCUCUGUCAGUGUCUAAAUCUCAGCUGAUCAACACUUUGAUCAACGACCGUCACAGCACCUUCUUCCACAGAAACUGUCCAGGAAGCACCAAGUCUUGUUAUCUGAUGGAUGGUGUGGCAGAGAUUGCCUGGUACUGUCCUGCUGGAAAACCCAAUGAUGCCUUCAAUGACUGCAUUGCCUUUUGUAAUCUUCAUGGUGAUGCGCUGUUGACUGAAAGACAGCGCGACAUACUGAUUAAAAGAUCUUUAGUCACAGUUGUUCUUGUUGCAUCUUUGCAAAAAGAUGAAAUUAUAACAGCUCUUUUUGAGUCUCAAAACCAUUUCAUUUUUCUCACUGUUGAUGACGACCGUGAUCUUUUUAAGACAACAACUGGACAAUACAUCAUGGGUCUCAAAGGCAAAAGCCAGUCAGAUAUAUCUGAAGAACUGAAACAAAUUAUUCGAGAGGUUUCGUCAUCUCUAGAUGGUUCAAACUUGAAAUCAUCUUUCCAGCUUGAAACCAUGGCUGAGCUCUCUGAAAUCAGAGUGGAUGAAAGUGACCCAGCCUGUCAAAGAGGGAAAUCUGCUGCUAUGAUCAUAGUGGAUAUUCUUUCAAAGGAUAACAUGAAUGUUUCAAAGCUCAAAGAUGAAUUCCUUCCUUAUCGAGGUGAUCUGUGGCAUCAGUGGAGCAAAAUACAUAAAGAACUGUAUCAUCUCAGAGGAGACAUCGAAAAGGAGAAAUGUAAAAAGGAACAAGAACUGAUGAACAUACGCCAGAAACAAUGUGCUGCUUCAUUCAGUAAACUCGUGGAGUUGUUCAUUGUAAGUCUCUCAUCUUUUUCACCAACAGACAAACAGUAUUUCCUGAAAUGGAUUCAAAUCUUAAUGGAUGAUCUCUCCACAGAUGAUCUUUCCUCAGUUCUCCAAAGCUAUGAUGAAAAGUGGUCUGAGGUCUUGGCUUUGAAGAACAAACACAUGAAAUCAGAUCUGUUAAUAAAAAAACAAACUGAGCUUGAAGAAAUAUCCAAAAAACUGCAGUCUGCAACUUUUGGUUUGGAGCACAUCUUCAGAGAAAUGGGACAGAUCUAUGAAGCUCAUAGAGCAAUAGAAGGAGAGAGCAGACACACUGACUGGUCUAAAUACCCUGAGCUGGCUGCACAGCUGAUGAUAUCAGGACACCCGAUGGAGCUGAUGGAUGGUGAUGCAGGUCACGUGCCUUUAACAUGGAUCUCCAGUCUUUUAGAGGAAGUCAUCAAGAAACUGGGGGACCAGAGAGUUUUUGUGUUGUCAGUUUUGGGUGUACAAAGCAGUGGAAAAUCAACAAUGCUGAACACCAUGUUUGGGUUGCAGUUUGCAGUGAGUGCAGGCAGGUGCACCAAAGGUGCUUUCAUGCAGCUGCUCAAAGUAUCAGAGGAGAUGAAGAAAGACUUGAAGUUUGACUACCUUCUAGUGGUGGACACUGAAGGACUGCGUGCUCUUGAGCUGGAAGGUAACACGACUCAUCACCAUGACAACGAACUGGCAACAUUUGUUGUUGGCCUGGGAAACCUGACGCUGAUCAACAUCUUUGGAGAGAAUCCAUCUGAGAUGCAGGACAUCCUGCAGAUUGUUGUUCAGGCUUUCAUGAGGAUGAAGAAAGUUAACCUUUCUCCUAGUUGUGUUUUUGUUCAUCAGAAUGUUACAGAUGUUGCAGCAGCAGAGAAAAACAUGGAUGGAAAGAGACGCCUGCAAGAAAAACUGGACCAGAUGACCAAACUAGCAGCUGAAGAGGAGGAUUGCAAUGCUGACUGCUUCAGUGAUGUCAUUAAGUUUGAUGUCCGAAAAGAUGUGAAAUACUGUGCCCAGCUAUGGGAGGGCAGUCCACCCAUGGCUCCUCCUAAUCCAGGUUACAGUGAGAGCAUCCAAGAAGUGAAGAACGUCAUCCUCUCUAAAGCUUCACAGUCUGAUGGGAUCACUCUCACACAAUUCAAAUACAAAAUCCAGGACCUGUGGAGUGCCCUCCUCAAUGAAAACUUUGUUUUCAGUUUUAAAAAUACACUUGAAAUUGCAGCAUACAGAAAAUUGGAGAUCCAAUAUGGAAACUGGACCUGGGACCUCAGGAGCAACAUGUUGACUGCUGAAAAUCAGCUUUAUAACAGAAUAGAAAAUGGAAAUCUUGACAUGGUGAAAGUGAGUGACCUUACAAAAAAAACAAGCAAGACAUAUGAAGAAAUAAAAACAGCAAUGAAAAAGUAUUUUGACGAAAACAGAGAAAAAGAAUUUUUGGCUCAGUGGAGAGGCCGAUUUGAAACCAAACUCAAAGAGGUUCACGAUGAACAGGUGAGCACAGUGAAAAGAAAACUGGAUGAAGUCAUUCAACAAAAGGAGGCUCGUAAAAAGCUGGAUGAUAAGAAAAAAGAGUUUGAGGACAAGCUGCUACAGAAGAGCAAAGAGCUCGCUCAGCAGCUGAAGGAUAAGGCCAAAGAUGAAGAAGAACUUCAAAAACAGUUCAGCUCUGUUUGGAGUGACCUGGUCACUGAAAUAACAGCAGAUAUAAAACCUGUUGAAGACAUCGACCUGGAAGAGGAUCAGUUUAAAAUCCUCCAAGAACUUGGUUUUGAACCUAUUCUCAUAAAUGAAUCCAAAACAAGUGGCAGUUACAAGAAAAUAUCCAGUGUUGGUGAUUAUUCAGAUUAUGUCAUCCUUCAAAAAAAAAAGGAUCUUUAUGAGGCAGGUGAAAGUGAACCAACUCAAGAUGUUGUGAAGGAUGACAGUCACGCAAGUAAACUCGGCGCAUAUGUUAAAAAUCCUGUCUCAAAUUUUUGGAAGUAUACCAAAAUAUUUUUUAGAUAUAAUUCAAACACAACACAAAAACAACAUAAAUCACACUGUGCUUUAUCUUGUCAUGAACAGCAACAGAUCAGAUUGCUCAUUGACAAAGCUGAAAAACUGUCCCUUGAUUCAAUCAGAGCCAAACCUGUGGCUACAAGAGGCUACACAUCAGCUUACUUGCAAGAAGUGGCAAAAAUUGUAAAAGAAAAAGUGGAGAAAUUUCAGUCAGAAAGUAAAUGUACUUUGAAGAAGGACUUUAAAGUUGAUCUCUUACUGUAUGUUUUCUACAAAGCAGAGAUUUUGCUUCUAGACUCCCAGGAGGAAUUCAAAAUGAAGCAUGAUCCACUUACUUAUUUAGAAAGCAAGAAAACACAGUAUUACAAUGUUUUUAGAAGCUUUUGCAAAGGAAACUUAUCUGCUGUUGUGCUCGCAGAACUGAUCUGUGAAAAGUUGAAAGCUUCCAUUGUUGAGGCUGUCUGUAACAAGACUGCCAUUGGUCUGGCUGGAGAGAUGAGGUGUAGUUUCCCAGCAUUCAAUGGGAACAGGCUGAACUUGGAGAAACAUGUGCUGAAGUCACUCGCUGAGAAUGAAAACUUUGAUGAUUUCAUCACCUACAUCAGAAAUCCAAGAAGCCAAACAGAAGCUUUUAUAAAAGCAGAAGUAAAGAAAUACAUCUUCAGAGAUCACAAAGAUGAAACUGUGAAUAUACUCAAGAAAAAUGUUGAUGACAUUAACAUGCUGAUGAGUCAAGCUUUAUCUACAGCAACACAGAAAGUCCAAACUCAGAGAGGAGACAUAAAUAUGUGGCUGAAGGAAUUUUCUAGUUUGCUAAAAGAAGAGUUAACUCUUGAUACGUUUUCUUCUCAAAACUUCAGUGACAUUAAUAAUUUUGAUUUCUUAAUGGAAGCAUUAAAGAAAGAAUUUACACCCAUAAGUGAUGAGAUAAGGAGUCUCUCAUUGAAUAAACUGAAGGAAUCCAGGCUGAAGCCUGAUGAAAUCCUCAUUGAUCAGCUGUGUAAUUGUUGCUGGGUAAAAUGUCCAUUCUGUGCAGCUGUUUGUACUAACACCAUUGAAGGUCACAGUGGUGCUGACCAUAGUGUCCCUUUUCAUCGGCCUUCUGGAAUCAAAGGAUGGCACUAUAGAGGCACAGUGGAAUUCAGCAUUGAUUUCUGCACAACAAACGUUGCAAGUGAUGGCAGUUUUUAUCCUUGUCAUGAUUCAGAGGAAACUGUUCCCUAUAAAAGGUACAGAACUGCUGGUCCAGAGUAUGCUGACUGGAGAAUUACUCCUGAUGAGUCUAAACUGGUGUACUGGAAAUGGUUUGUGUGUCGAUUUCAAAAGAAACUGGAAGAGCACUACAAUUUCAAAUUCCAGGGUAGAGGAGAGAUUCCCAGUGAGUGGAAAACAAUCUCUAAAUGCAAAGCCAUUAGAAGUCUGGAUGAAAUGUGCAAAUGAGUCAAAGAAACAGCAUUCUUCGGUUUAUAUGUCUUACAUAAUGACGGAAAGAAAGAUUUAGUGAUUCAGGUAAAAUAGCAGAUUUUUUUUUUAGAAAUGACAGGAUUAUUACAACAUAGUUAUACAUAAUUCUAACAAAGAGACUCACAGCAUGUGAGAUUAGACUCUUACUAUGUAAUAAUGAUUGAACAUUUAAAAGUAACUCUUAUUGAAAUGUAGCUUUUGUAAUAAAACCUUUUUGUGUGUAUUUUGCACUUACAUUGAACAAAUACAUUCAGUUUACUUUAUCCUUCUUUUGCUGAAAGUUGUUGCAGAUAAAGUUAAAUUAGAAUUAUUUAAUCAAUUGUGUCCAGUAAUAUAAUCUGAAUCAUCUGAAUUUGUCUCAUGUGUUAAUAUUCUGUAUAUUUUGUAAUUUUAUUUUAUUGUCUUCUGUUGAACAACUUCCAGUUUUUCACCUUUGUAUAUUAAUCAACUUUUCUAAUUACAGUUUAGAGGAAAGGAGAGAGAUGAAACAUGAAUAUCCACUGACAGAUUAAGGGCUCAUGAGAUUUGUUUACUUGGUUAUAAUAAAUUUAGAAAAAUUUAGACUUUUUGUUUUCAACAUUGUCUAACUUUUGUUUUUAUGAUAUCUUUUUAGACCAUUUAGUGACAAAAUAAAAAAAAUAUUUGAGAUGAAGAUUGCUGUUAUCAGUGUGCAAAUGUAUUUUUACAAAAUAAAUAUAAUUUCAUUGCAACGAAUGGUUGUUGAGUUAAAUGGUUUGAGUUGAGCCUUCCUAUCAGCUUGAAGCAGUCUGCCUGUUCUCCUCUGAACUUUGACAUCAGGAAUUAUCACUGUUGAGAUUUAAAUAUAUAUAUUUUAAGGCUUAUUUUCUUAUUAUAUUGUUUUAUGUACUUUAAUAAUGAAGGUUUGUACAGCAAGGCCACUUUUGACUCAUAAACUAAGUGCUCAGCCAGACUGAAAAACAGGAAGUUAGUGUAGAGCUAUACAAGUAUAUUAAUAAAUACAGGAAGCCAGACAGAAAAGAGGAACUUGUACCAUAUAAGGAGUGUUUGUAUCAAAACUGUGUGACGUGUAAAGUACCAAAAUAACACCUAUAUGUGAGACGUUU